AUGCUUUGCAGCUUUUUCAGUGUUGUUGGUGAUCCAUCUAAAGGAUUCUUCUGUUAUGCCCAAGGCUACAGCACUCAUUUCUUUUGUGUGGCAUCUUUCCUUUGGACAACUACUAUUGCUUUUACUCUUCAUCGUGCAGUUGUCAAACACAAAGCUGAUGUUGAGGAUUUUGAGCCCAUGUUUCACUUGUAUGUUUGGGGAACUUCACUUGUUAUGACAGUUGUACGAUCUAUUGGUAAUGAACAUGGACAUGUAGGAAACAUAGGCCGUGUAGCUGCAUGGUGCUGGACAGAAACCGGAAGAACAGGAAAGGCUGUCCACUUCUUUACAUUUUAUGCACCUCUUUGGGGCGCAAUUCUUUUCAAUGGGUUCACUUAUUUUCAAGUGAUACGCAUGCUAAACAAUGCAACACGUAUGGCAGUGGGCAUGUCUGAUCGGGGCUCUCAGUCAGAUACACGUGUAGACAUGAAGGCUUUGAACAGGUGGGGUUACUAUCCGUUGAUUCUUAUAGGGUCAUGGAGUUUUGGAACAGUCAACCGUAUUCAUGACUUUAUAGAACCAGGUCAUAAGCUUUUCUGGCUUUCUAUUCUUGAUGUUGGAAUGGCUGCAUUAAUGGGUCUUUUCAACUCAAUAGCAUAUGGCCUCAAUUCUUCGGUGCGACGUGCAAUUUAUGAAAGACUGGAUCUGUUACCGGAAAGUUUGAGAAGAUGUUUCCCGAAGAAGUUAAAGUCAAGAAGUCAACAACAGCAACACGAAAGUGAACUAGUCUCUUUGAGAAUUGAAGACCAGCAUCAAUAGCUACAUGACAAAACCCAAACCAUUUCCAAAUAUCUUUCUUCCCAAUUCCCAUCAAUGAAAUACCGAAAAUGCCCUUAACGACAAUGACCAAGUUAUCGAUUUUGUUUUGUUUUUUUUUAAUUGGAUAAAAAGGCAACAACAGCAAUCAAUGGUAUCUUCAAAGUUGUUCCUUUUCUUGUAGUGA